UCCCGGCGCUCGCGGGCCGUGCGCUCGCGCUCGCCCUCGGCUCCGGUUCCGCGCCUGGAGCCAGCAGCAGCGGCGGCGGCGGCGGCGGCGCAGCGGGAGCGGAGCUGGCUGCACUCGUGGGCUGGCGCUCCGCAAUGAGACAGUAGCUGCAUCCCCGCGUGCACUGCUGUAGGGUAACAUCUGGACGGAAUUGAGGCUCCUCUGGUGCUUGGAUGUCCCUAAGUUCCUGGAUCAGCUUGUUGAAGACUGUAUUGCUGCUUGAAGCUUCUCACUCCUCAGGAUCUUUUCAGGGAAACUGAAACUGAAUAAACUGAGAAUUUAGAUGCUCUAAGUGAAACCCAUCAAGUCAUCUAUGAAAAUGGUGGCCCUGUCCUUAAAGAUCUGUGUCCGCCACUGCAAUGUGGUGAAGACCAUGCAGUUUGAGCCGUCUACAGCUGUGUAUGAUGCCUGUCGAGUCAUUCGGGAGAGAGUACCAGAGGCACAGACUGGGCAAGCUUCUGACUAUGGGCUGUUCCUCUCUGAUGAAGACCCUAGGAAAGGGAUUUGGCUAGAAGCAGGUCGGACACUGGAUUACUACAUGUUGCGGAAUGGGGACAUUCUGGAGUAUAAGAAGAAACAGAGGCCUCAGAAAAUCCGCAUGUUGGAUGGCUCUGUGAAGACGGUGAUGGUGGAUGACUCCAAGACGGUGGGGGAGCUCCUGGUCACGAUCUGCAGCAGGAUAGGAAUAACAAAUUAUGAAGAAUACUCUUUAAUCCAAGAAACCAUUGAAGAAAAGAAAGAAGAAGGGACAGGCACACUAAAAAAAGACAGGACGUUGUUACGGGAUGAGAGGAAGAUGGAGAAGCUGAAGGCCAAGCUGCACACAGAUGAUGACUUAAAUUGGCUAGAUCACAGCCGGACAUUCAGAGAGCAAGGUGUGGAUGAAAAUGAGACGUUGCUGCUUCGACGGAAGUUCUUUUACUCUGAUCAAAAUGUGGACUCGAGAGACCCGGUGCAGUUGAACUUGCUUUAUGUCCAGGCUCGGGAUGACAUCCUGAACGGCUCUCACCCUGUCUCCUUUGAGAAGGCAUGCGAGUUUGGUGGGUUCCAAGCACAGAUACAGUUUGGACCUCAUGUGGAACAUAAACACAAACCUGGAUUCUUAGAUCUAAAGGAAUUCCUGCCAAAAGAGUACAUCAAGCAGAGAGGAGCCGAGAAGCGAAUAUUUCAGGAACAUAAAAACUGUGGAGAGAUGAGUGAAAUAGAAGCCAAAGUGAAGUACGUCAAACUUGCCCGGUCCCUCCGGACGUAUGGGGUGUCCUUUUUCCUAGUGAAGGAAAAAAUGAAAGGCAAGAACAAGUUGGUUCCCCGCCUCCUGGGCAUCACCAAGGACUCCGUCAUGCGUGUGGACGAGAAGACCAAGGAGGUGCUUCAGGAGUGGCCGCUCACCACAGUCAAGCGCUGGGCAGCUUCACCUAAGAGCUUCACACUGGAUUUUGGGGAGUACCAAGAAAGCUACUAUUCAGUACAAACCACAGAGGGGGAGCAAAUAUCCCAGCUGAUUGCAGGAUACAUUGACAUCAUCCUCAAAAAGAAACAAAGCAAAGACAGAUUUGGGCUGGAAGGGGAUGAGGAGUCAACUAUGUUGGAAGAGUCAGUUUCCCCAAAAAAAUCUACCAUCCUACAGCAGCAGUUCAACCGGACUGGGAAGGCAGAGCAUGGCUCGGUGGCACUGCCAGCUGUCAUGCGCUCUGGCUCCAGUGGGCCCGAGACCUUCAAUGUUGGCAGCAUGCCAUCACCACAGCAGCAGGUCAUGGUCGGACAGAUGCACCGAGGACACAUGCCUCCGCUGACUUCAGCACAGCAAGCCCUGAUGGGGACCAUCAACACAAGCAUGCACGCUGUCCAGCAGGCUCAGGAUGACCUCAGCGAGCUCGACUCACUGCCACCUCUCGGCCAAGAUAUGGCAUCUAGGGUAUGGGUUCAGAACAAAGUGGAUGAAUCCAAGCAUGAAAUCCACUCUCAAGUUGAUGCUAUCACAGCUGGGACAGCUUCAGUUGUCAAUCUCACGGCUGGUGACCCCGCCGACACUGACUACACAGCUGUGGGCUGUGCAAUCACUACAAUUUCUUCCAACCUGACCGAAAUGUCCAAGGGGGUCAAGCUGCUGGCAGCCCUCAUGGACGAUGAUGUGGGCAGUGGGGAGGACCUUCUCAGAGCUGCCAGGACCCUCGCCGGGGCCGUGUCUGAUUUGCUGAAGGCUGUGCAGCCUACUUCUGGAGAGCCUCGACAGACUGUUUUGACUGCUGCCGGAAGCAUUGGCCAAGCCAGUGGAGAUCUCCUGAGACAGAUCGGAGAGAACGAGACAGAUGAGAGAUUCCAAGAUGUUUUAAUGAGUCUAGCUAAAGCUGUUGCCAACGCUGCUGCCAUGUUAGUACUCAAGGCGAAGAAUGUGGCCCAGGUGGCUGAAGACACCGUCCUACAGAACAGGGUGAUCGCUGCAGCCACCCAGUGUGCCCUCUCCACCUCACAGCUUGUGGCAUGUGCUAAGGUGGUGAGCCCCACCAUCAGCUCUCCUGUGUGCCAGGAGCAACUGAUCGAAGCUGGGAAGCUGGUGGACCGCUCUGUGGAAAACUGUGUCCGUGCCUGCCAGGCAGCCACCGGUGAUAGUGAGCUCCUGAAACAGGUCAGCGCAGCGGCCAGCGUGGUCAGCCAGGCCCUGCACGACCUCCUGCAGCAUGUGCGGCAGUUCGCCAGCCGAGGCGAGCCCAUUGGCCGCUAUGACCAGGCCACCGACACCAUCAUGUGUGUCACAGAGAGUAUCUUCAGUUCCAUGGGCGAUGCUGGUGAGAUGGUGCGCCAAGCCCGGGUGCUGGCCCAGGCCACGUCAGAUCUCGUCAAUGCCAUGAGGUCAGAUGCGGAGGCUGAGAUUGACAUGGAGAAUUCCAAGAAGCUCCUGGCAGCCGCAAAGCUAUUGGCUGACUCUACUGCCCGCAUGGUGGAAGCGGCAAAGGGGGCUGCAGCCAACCCAGAGAAUGAAGACCAGCAACAAAGGCUGAGAGAAGCUGCCGAGGGUCUCCGAGUAGCAACCAAUGCCGCUGCACAGAAUGCUAUUAAGAAAAAAAUCGUCAACCGGCUGGAGGUUGCAGCCAAGCAGGCUGCAGCUGCUGCCACACAGACCAUCGCAGCCUCUCAGAAUGCAGCCAUCUCCAACAAGAACCCCUCAGCCCAGCAGCAGCUGGUCCAGAGCUGCAAGGCGGUGGCUGAUCACAUCCCUCAGCUAGUACAGGGUGUGAGAGGGAGCCAAGCGCAAGCAGAAGACCUCAGCGCCCAGCUGGCUCUCAUCAUCUCUAGCCAGAACUUCCUGCAGCCUGGAAGCAAGAUGGUGUCCUCUGCUAAGGCAGCAGUGCCCACUGUGAGUGACCAGGCUGCAGCCAUGCAACUGAGCCAGUGUGCCAAGAACCUGGCGACCAGCCUGGCUGAGCUGCGCACCGCCUCACAGAAGGCCCACGAAGCCUGUGGCCCCAUGGAAAUCGAUUCUGCACUGAACACAGUGCAGACUCUCAGGAAUGAGCUGCAGGAUGCCAAGAUGGCCGCUGCAGAAAGUCAACUGAAACCACUUCCAGGAGAAACACUAGAAAAGUGCGCUCAGGACCUGGGAAGCACCUCUAAGGGAGUGGGCUCCUCCAUGGCGCAGCUCCUGACCUGCGCCGCUCAAGGCAAUGAGCACUACACAGGUGUGGCAGCUAGAGAAACAGCCCAGGCUCUGAAAACAUUGGCCCAGGCCGCCCGGGGAGUGGCUGCAUCCACAAAUGAUCCUGAGGCUGCUCAUGCCAUGUUAGACUCUGCUCGGGAUGUGAUGGAGGGCUCGGCCAUGCUCAUCCAGGAAGCCAAGCAGGCCUUAAUUGCACCUGGAGAUACAGAAAGUCAGCAGAGAUUAGCCCAGGUGGCCAAAGCUGUGUCUCACUCACUGAAUAACUGCGUGAAUUGCCUCCCUGGACAGAAGGAUGUGGAUGUCGCCUUGAAGAGCAUCGGGGAGUCCAGCAAGAAGCUACUUGUAGAUUCGCUACCUCCGAGCACAAAGCCUUUCCAGGAAGCCCAGAGUGAGCUGAACCAGGCUGCUGCUGAUCUGAACCAGUCUGCUGGGGAAGUCGUCCAUGCCACAAGGGGCCAGAGUGGGGAGCUGGCAGCCGCUUCUGGAAAGUUCAGUGAUGACUUUGACGAGUUCCUGGAUGCUGGCAUUGAGAUGGCUGGCCAGGCCCAGACGAAAGAAGACCAGAUGCAAGUGAUAGGGAACCUGAAGAAUAUCUCUAUGGCAUCCAGCAAGCUCCUGUUAGCCGCCAAGUCUCUCUCUGUGGAUCCUGGAGCUCCCAACGCCAAGAAUCUUCUGGCUGCAGCUGCAAGAGCUGUGACGGAGAGCAUCAAUCAGCUCAUCAUGUUGUGCACUCAGCAGGCCCCUGGGCAGAAGGAGUGUGACAAUGCCCUGCGUGAGCUCGAGACUGUCAAGGGGAUGUUAGAAAACCCGAAUGAACCCGUAAGCGACCUCUCUUACUUUGACUGCAUUGAGAGUGUGAUGGAAAACUCCAAGGUUCUGGGCGAGUCAAUGGCAGGGAUUUCACAGAACGCUAAGACUGGAGACCUCCCUGCCUUCGGAGAAUGUGUGGGGAUUGCAUCCAAGGCUCUCUGUGGGCUGACAGAGGCAGCGGCCCAGGCUGCGUACCUGGUUGGCAUCUCUGAUCCAAACAGCCAGGCAGGCCACCAAGGCCUGGUGGACCCCAUCCAGUUUGCCAGGGCUAACCAGGCGAUCCAGAUGGCAUGUCAGAACUUGGUGGAUCCUGGCAGCAGCCCAUCACAGGUUCUGUCAGCUGCCACCAUUGUUGCCAAGCACACCUCAGCCUUAUGCAAUGCCUGCCGCAUUGCCUCAUCCAAGACGGCCAACCCUGUUGCCAAGAGGCACUUCGUCCAGUCAGCCAAGGAGGUUGCCAACAGCACUGCCAACCUGGUCAAGACCAUCAAGGCCCUGGAUGGGGAUUUCUCUGAAGACAACCGCAAUAAGUGUCGAAUUGCUACCACGCCCUUGAUCGAGGCUGUGGAGAACCUGACAGCAUUUGCCUCAAACCCGGAGUUUGCCAGCAUUCCUGCACAGAUCAGCUCUGAGGGCUCCCAGGCACAGGAACCAAUCCUGGUCUCAGCCAAGACCAUGCUGGAGAGCUCAUCGUACCUCAUCCGCACCGCACGCUCUCUGGCCAUCAACCCCAAAGAUCCACCCACCUGGUCCGUGUUGGCUGGACACUCCCAUACUGUGUCUGACUCCAUUAAGAGCCUCAUCACGUCUAUCAGGGACAAAGCCCCAGGGCAGAGGGAAUGUGACUACUCCAUUGAUGGCAUCAACCGGUGCAUCAGGGACAUCGAGCAGGCCUCCCUGGCUGCGGUCAGCCAGAGCCUGGCCACGAGGGAUGACAUCUCUGUGGAGGCCCUCCAGGAGCAGCUGACCUCGGUGGUCCAGGAAAUCGGGCAUCUUAUUGAUCCCAUCGCUACAGCAGCCCGAGGAGAAGCUGCCCAACUUGGACAUAAGGUGACACAGCUGGCAAGCUACUUUGAGCCCUUGAUCUUAGCUGCAGUUGGUGUCGCCUCCAAGAUGCUGGACCAUCAACAACAGAUGACAGUACUGGACCAGACCAAGACUCUUGCAGAGUCUGCCCUGCAGAUGCUGUAUGCAGCCAAAGAAGGUGGAGGAAAUCCCAAGGCACAGCACACCCACGACGCCAUCACAGAGGCUGCGCAGCUGAUGAAGGAAGCUGUAGAUGACAUUAUGGUGACACUGAAUGAAGCUGCCAGUGAGGUGGGGCUAGUGGGAGGCAUGGUGGAUGCCAUCGCAGAGGCCAUGAGCAAGCUGGAUGAAGGCACACCUCCAGAACCAAAGGGAACAUUUGUUGACUACCAGACGACUGUGGUUAAAUACUCCAAAGCCAUUGCCGUCACAGCUCAGGAAAUGAUGACUAAGUCGGUUACUAACCCGGAGGAGUUGGGAGGCCUGGCUUCACAAAUGACCACUGACUAUGGGCACCUGGCUCUCCAGGGCCAGAUGGCAGCAGCCACCGCCGAACCAGAGGAGAUUGGAUUCCAGAUUCGCACACGUGUGCAGGACCUUGGCCAUGGCUGUAUCUUCCUGGUACAGAAGGCAGGGGCCCUGCAGGUGUGCCCCACAGACAGCUACACCAAGAGGGAGCUAAUCGAGUGUGCCCGCUCCGUCACUGAGAAGGUGUCCUUGGUGCUGUCCGCUCUCCAGGCUGGGAACAAGGGGACCCAGGCAUGCAUCACGGCUGCUACUGCAGUUUCUGGAAUCAUCGCCGAUCUGGAUACCACCAUUAUGUUUGCAACAGCUGGGACACUGAAUGCAGAAAACGGCGAGACCUUUGCCGAUCACAGGGAGAACAUUCUGAAGACAGCCAAGGCCUUGGUGGAAGACACAAAGCUGCUCGUGUCAGGGGCUGCAUCCACUCCAGACAAGCUGGCCCAGGCAGCUCAGUCCUCAGCAGCCACCAUCACCCAGCUUGCCGAGGUGGUCAAGCUGGGGGCCGCCAGCCUGGGCUCCAAUGACCCCGAGACCCAGGUGGUACUGAUAAAUGCCAUCAAAGAUGUGGCCAAGGCCCUUUCCGAUCUCAUUGGUGCUACCAAGGGAGCUGCCAGCAAGCCGGCUGAUGACCCCUCCAUGUACCAGCUCAAAGGAGCCGCCAAGGUGAUGGUGACCAAUGUCACCUCCCUUCUUAAGACUGUGAAGGCAGUGGAAGAUGAGGCCACCCGGGGCACAAGGGCACUUGAGGCCACCAUCGAGUACAUAAAACAGGAGCUCACAGUGUUCCAGUCAAAAGACAUACCUGAGAAGACAUCAUCACCCGAGGAAUCAAUAAGAAUGACGAAAGGCAUCACCAUGGCAACAGCCAAAGCCGUGGCAGCUGGGAACUCAUGUAGACAGGAAGAUGUGAUUGCAACCGCCAAUCUGAGCAGGAAGGCUGUCUCAGAUAUGUUGAUAGCUUGCAAGCAAGCAUCCUUCUACCCUGAUGUCAGUGAAGAGGUACGAACCAGAGCCUUGCGGUAUGGCACAGAAUGCACUUUGGGCUACCUGGACCUACUAGAACAUGUCUUGGUGAUCCUUCAAAAGCCAACCCCAGAACUCAAGCAUCAGCUGGCCGCUUUCUCCAAGAGAGUUGCUGGAGCUGUGACGGAGCUCAUCCAGGCAGCAGAAGCCAUGAAAGGAACAGAGUGGGUGGACCCAGAAGACCCAACCGUCAUUGCAGAAACUGAGUUACUGGGAGCUGCAGCAUCCAUUGAAGCCGCUGCCAAGAAGCUAGAGCAGCUGAAGCCAAGAGCAAAGCCAAAGCAAGCAGAUGAGACCCUGGAUUUUGAAGAACAGAUCUUAGAAGCUGCUAAAUCCAUCGCUGCUGCCACAAGUGCCCUGGUCAAAUCGGCCUCUGCAGCCCAGAGGGAGCUGGUGGCCCAAGGCAAGGUGGGCUCCAUCCCUGCCAACGCUGCCGAUGAUGGACAGUGGUCCCAGGGGCUGAUCUCUGCCGCCCGGAUGGUGGCGGCAGCAACCAGCAGUCUCUGUGAGGCAGCUAAUGCCUCUGUCCAGGGACAUGCCAGUGAGGAAAAGCUCAUCUCAUCCGCCAAGCAGGUCGCAGCUUCAACCGCUCAGCUGCUGGUGGCCUGCAAGGUGAAGGCCGACCAGGAUUCAGAGGCCAUGAAGCGGCUACAGGCGGCUGGAAAUGCUGUGAAAAGAGCCUCAGACAAUCUUGUCCGUGCAGCCCAGAAGGCAGCAUUUGGCAAAGCUGAUGAUGAUGAUGUUGUUGUGAAAACCAAGUUUGUGGGAGGCAUUGCUCAGAUCAUUGCGGCCCAGGAGGAAAUGCUGAAGAAAGAGCGAGAGUUGGAGGAAGCCAGGAAGAAGCUGGCCCAGAUCCGCCAGCAGCAGUACAAAUUCCUACCCACAGAGCUGAGGGAAGACGAGGGCUAAGACCGGCCCAUGAUGGCGAGCCCCGGGAGGUGGCUCCUACUCCCCCAACAAGAACUGGACAUACCGGUGUUCCCCAGAGCCAGGAACUGCCUGGAAAUGCUGGCCCUCCACCCGGAGUCUCUCUCUCUCUCUCAGUCCUCAGUCCCGUCACCAUCAGCUGCAUGAUCAUGAUCUCACGGUACAGUGUCCCACCCUCAGCUCCUCCAGCUCCCCUCACGCCUCACUAUAUCUCAGGACAGAGGGGGCACACAUUUCACGGACCGUUACCAAAAAUGGAAAGUCAGUAUUACUUUGUUGUCAGACACCUGUACUCUUUGUCCUCCAAGACUGCUCCAGGGCCUCUUUGUGAAAUCACACUAGGAAAAGAAUAAUGCUAAUAAUGGCUCACAGGAGUCAUCAGUGUCAUGGACACAGAUUCUCUCUCUCUGGAGAGAAGACAGAGCUGGAGUUGGGCACUGUUAAUAAAGCCAGAAACACUCCCGAGUGGACGCCGAGGUCUGGAGUAACAGAGGUCCUUGUAAGUGUGGAGCACUGACUCACCCAUGGGGGAGACGAUCCCCUGCCCUGUUUGCACGCUUUUCUUGCCUCAGUGUGUAAGCUCCUUGUUACAACUACACCCAUCUUGUAUUCUGUGGCCCGGAAAAAUGGAAGUUAUUUUAUUUUUUUUUCCCUCCGUAAUCCAAAGGGCAGAGUUUUGGAAAGUGGUCAGGGUUAGGUGGGUAGGGGUGGGAAUAAAAUACUGGGCUCCUCACUCUGCAAGGCUGUUUCAGUUUAUGCAGACACACACAUGGAGACUUUGUCCUUGAAGGAUCUCAGUGCAGCGCCCCCUGGAGGAAGAGUCAGGUAGCAUUUAGGAAGAAGGUUCCCAUGUUUGAGCCCCAAUAUCAGUUUCUAUGUACUUAGGAGGGUCCAAGUUCAAGAAGGAAAGUUAUUUGUUUAGAACUUUGACCUUGAUCCCAAGAGGGCAUUUCCCACCAUGUAUCUUAAUAUUCCCAAAAUCUAAAUAUCCCCUCUGGUCGUUGUGGACCUGUGUGACAUUGUUGCUUGCUGUCACAGAAGUGUUUUCACAGUACAUCAUUCGGGUGCCGCACUGUCAGCCCUCCAGAUGUCUUCCCCUUGUGCCUUUCCUCUCAGGACCCUCUUCUAGAAAGACCACUCUCGAUCCCUGAGUUUACAUUUGAGCUGAGCCUCUACAUAAGAUAAUGGAUGAAGAGGGGGCCUAAUACCAAGUACCAGCAUGCUAAUGAAUUCAUGAAACAUUAGCAGGGGCAUGCUGAGACUGUAGCCCAGUUGGUAGAGUGUUUGUCUGGGUAGCAGCCUUGGCUACAUGAAACCCUGCCUCCAAAAGAGAAGUAAUAAUAAUAGAGGCAUAUGGUCUUCAAGGCUAAUGGCUGCGGAAGGCAGGCUUUCUCCCCCUUAAUGAUAUGAUAGCAGUACCACAUUGUAUGUGGGGCUCACCACUUAGAUCCAGAUUUCUACCAAAGAGGAAACACUGGUACUCUGGUCCUCAGAAAGAAAAGAGUGAGUCAACCUUCAACCUUGCCAGAUGAGUCUCCUCGAGCCGACUCUAUCCUGUGCCCCAGCUCUAAAACAUAAUUAAAUUCUGACACCUUCCCAGAUGUUUAGAGACGUAUACAUGCUGCACAAAGAAAUUCCUUUCAGACAGGUAGAAGGAUCUAAGCGUGGUGUGAAUGAAAAGCAAAUGCAGGGCACACAUGGAAGGAGUGAGGCUGUCCCAGCAUCAGAUCUAGUAGAGCAGGGCUGCUGGAGAGCCUCAGUGCUGGGAGCCUUGACAUUCAUGGAAAAACAAAGCCCCUGGCUCGCCCUCUUUGAGUGUAACUCUUCAUGCCUCUGCUGGAUACUGUCCAAAACUAUUAAGCCAGACCCCAAAGUUCAUGAUCAAGAUGUGACAGUGACCUCACACAGUAGGACAAGAGGCCCUCCUGCAGCUGCCUCACCCUCUUUCCUGUAGGAUAUGCUUCCAGGCAGCUGCCCCUCACCCCUCCUUCCACCUGUCCCCCGGAUGGACAUUCCAGGGGCAGGACAGGGACAGAUCCUGAGUGUCUGUCCCUGCCCCAAGGUUGUUUAAAACCUUCACAGAAGUGGAUCCAGGAGAAAACCUCUAACAAAUGAAAGACAAAGGGCUGCUCUUUCCAGCCGGGAGGGGAGUUUCAGGACAGUGGGAGUAUGCCCUUCUGUCUAGAUCAUUGUGCACUAGUAACUUUGUGGGAAGGUCGUUCCCAGGUAUCUCCUGCCAUGGUCGUGGGCCUACUUCUCACCUGUCCCUUGCUAGCCCAUGCCGUGUCCAUGUGUGUGAAUGUCCUUAUGGAUGGCUGGAUCUCUCCUCAUCUCAUAAAAUGGAUGAAAUGCUGAACUAUGGGCAUUACUUAAUCAAUGCUGCUGCUAGUGUCCCCAGAGGCACUGAGGGGACUUCUGGCUCCUAAGGGAGAAAGAAUGCAGAUGUAGUGAAUUGUAUUUUGGAGUAGUUUCAAGGCCAAGUGGCCCAAGGCCUGGAACAUGGAAUUCACCCUUCCCGUGAGAGGGGGGCUAGGAAUGUAGCUGAGUGCUCUCUCCUACCACUGGCCCCGUGAGGGAGGCCAACAUUGGGUGUUGAAUCUUUACACUGAUCUUCCUAUCCAUAAUUUCCCUUUUUGAUGAUCAAAAGUAGGAUGUGUGUGGUGGCUGGGAAAUUGCACUUACCUUGCUUCUAUCUUUCAGAGGUCUUUAGACCAGUAUGCAAAAGCCAUGUUUGGUCAGACAGCCCUAGGAAGUGCUUCUACUGGCCAGUUGGGGGUGGUCUUGGAGGUCAUCAUAAGCAGAUACUCAGGUCCUAGGCAGUCCUCCAGUUGACAUUGGUGUUUUCCAGAGGCAGCUGCCCAGGCUUCAGUCCGUGCAUACUCUUUCAGGGCUAAGCCACCACAGAUCUGCUGGCACUCACUCUUAGUUCAGAAAACCCUCUAAGCUGCUCAGCAUACUCAUCCGCUUGUUGUCUGAGUUCUCUACCGCUGGUGAGAGUACGGACAGCUGAAAUCAAUUGUUAACAACCAUAUAAUGAGGUAUGACGGCGAACAUUUAGAAUCCCAGCACUGGGGAGAUAAAAGCAGGAGAAUCGCAAGUUUAAGGCCAGCCUGAGCUGAGUAGCAAGAUCCUGUCUCAGAAAACUAAAGGCUAAUGGGUGUAACUUAGUGUUGAAAUGUUUGCCUCAUAAGUGCCAGGCCCUGGGGUUUGUUCCCAGCAACACACAGACUUUAGCCAAAAUGUCCCACCACCUAAUGCAUGUAUUUUUUCCCACCUCCUAAGUGGCUCCAGAUCCAGAACCUCAUGGAGGAAGCGGGGUGGAGGCGGUAAGAGGUGCGCCUCGCACGUCCUCUUUCCCCUCUGGCAGGUGGUUCCCCCAUCUCCCUGAGCUUGGUAGUUCCCAGGUAAGGUAGGGCCUUUGGGAUGUAAAGCUUAAGAUCCCAGCACUGAUGGUGUGCUCUGCUCAGAUGCCUAGAAGAAACGGACUCUGACUGAGCGCACAGACACAUCUAAAAGAUUGAGCAAGUUGCAAGGAAUUGGAAGGAAACAGUGCUCAGAAUCCUAAAAGUCAAAGGUCUUAGGGGCUUUGCUGGUGGCUCAGAUCUUACCUCUCCACAGAGUCCCUCCCACAGGGUCUGCAGCCUCUGCUAGAGAAGGCAUCCUCCGCAAAUCAUCCCCUGACACCACUGCUCUGUUGCCGUGAGCUUGCACUUGGUCUGUUAAGGUUAUGGUCAUUGGGAAUGAGUGUGAGGAGGGACCUUCCAGUAUUCUCACAGUACUAUGAAGAAGGGCUGACACUUUCCUGUGAAACAGGCUAGGUUUUAUCUGGUCUCCCUGCAACCCAGCUCGCUGCCCACCAGGAAGCAAUAGCAUGCGAACCCCUCUGCAGCCAUGUCUGUCAGAAGACAAGAAAGGGAAGCUCUGCCCUUGUCAGAAUGUUUAAUCACAUAAAUUAAUUUAUCUAAUCACAUAAAUUAUUUUUUUUAUUCAUCAGAAAUAAACUUUUAAAG